AUGGAAGACCUAAUCGCUACACUCAACGGCAACAUGCAUGUGUCGCAGGAGCUGGCCGAGCUCGAAAACUUCAAGGCCCACCUCGCGCGCACGCUCGUUAUCCCCGCCCCCAUCUCUCCAGAACUCGACGGCCAGAUCCCCCGUGCUCGCGCACCAUCACUCGCCAACGGCAUGGGUUACCACCUCGAUGACAUGCCCCUCCCCCCCUCGCACCAGCCCUUCCCUUCGCCUGUCGCGCAGUACGCCAGCUUCGACUUUGGCGGUGACAUGGGCGGCGAACUCGGUCUCCCCGAAUACCCUGCCUCGUCCUUUACCCCCACCUACUCUUACGACCAGCGCUCGGCCUCGCACGCGUCGGUGCCAACACAUGCCCAGCUGCAGGAGGAGAGCAUUGCCGCGCUCAAGUCGGCGUUUGCGGGAGACGCGUUUGCAUCGACAGUCACAUGGGCACAGCCCGCUGUGAAUGAGAAGCAGGCCGACCCGUGGCGCAUGUUCCAGUCCAACGGCGCCAGCGUGUUCGGCUCCUUUGGCCAGCAGCAGGCAAGCCACAACGCCCUCGGCUUUGGCGCACCACCCGUCGACAACGAGCCAGUGCCCCAGUACUCGCAGGAGGACGAGUCGAUGGACGAGGACAUGGCCGAGGCGGCGCUCGACUUUAGCGAAGAGGAGCGCGCAGUCAACGACAGCUACUACCCCGACCCAUACGGCAUCUCUCGAUGGCAGUAG